AUGAUGGGUACCUCGGAAAAGGACUCAAUACAGAAACUAGAAGAUAAUGUUGUGACCACGUCAAAUGAAAAUGAUAUGGAACGGCAAGCUCUCGCUGUCGAUCUAUCGCUCCCUGAUGAGGUGAAAGAGGAGAAAGUUGCAACUCUUGCUAAAGAAGCAGGGAUUAAUCACAGAAGACUCAUGUGGAAGAUUGACUUAUGUGUCGUGCCUCCAUUCUGCCUCUUGUACUUUCUUGCAUUUCUUGACCGUGUUAAUAUUUCCAAUGCUAAGGUCUACGGUAUGGAACAAUCUCUUGGACUUCAUGGUGAUCAAUUCAACAUCGCACUCACUGUUUUCUUCGUUCCAUACAUCGUUUUUGAAAUUCUUUCUAACUAUAUGUUGAAGAUCAUCAAGCCUCACACUUGGCUUAGUGUGAUGAUUUUUUUGUUUGGCGUAAUUACCAUAUGUAUGGCAUUUUCCAACAGUUUCGGGGGUCUUGUGGCCUGCCGUUUUCUUCUUGGAGUGUUUGAGGCCGGUAGUUUUCCCUCGAUAUUCUAUAUUAUGGCCAACUUUUACACGACAAGUGAGUCACAACGUCGUUUCUCUGUUUUCUUUAGUUGUACUUGUCUAGCCGGGGGUUGCGCUGGUGCUAUCGCUUAUAGAUUGCAGGAUCUAAACGGCGUCCAUGGUUUGGCUUCUUGGCAGUGGAUCUAUAUUGUUGAGGGUGCUAUCACUGCUGGUCUUGCCAUCUUAUUAUUCUUUAUCGUUCCUGACUUCCCGGAAGAGGCUCGUUUCUUGAAACCUCACGAGCGUGUAUUUUUGAAGAGUAAAUUGGAAGUAUUUGCUGGUGAAUCUGGAUUUGAAAUCAAGCAGACCUGGGGAGAUGUUGCCAGAGUGAUGAAGGAACCUUUCGUUUAUAUCUCUGCCCUUGCGUACUUCUCCUUGAUUGUGCCGGCUUAUUCUUACGCAUACUUUGCUCCAACCAUUAUCAAAAUGCUUGGUUUCACCGCUAUGGCUGCACAGGCUCAUUCAAUCUAUCCCUGGUUGGCAUCUCUUGGAUUUUCUAUCAUUGUUGCCUUCAUCUCCGACAGAAGCAGAAUCAGAGCUCCAUUUGCCAUUCUUGCUGCCGUCAUUGCUAUUGUAGGUUUCGUCAUGAUUAUUGCUGGAGGGGAUGAUAAUAAUUUGAAGUAUGGUGGUUGCUUUCUUGUAGCAAUGGGAUUGUACUCUUCUAUGCCUGUUUUAAUCUGCUGGAUGAGUUUGAAUUUUACCGGUCACAUUAGAAAGAGUGUCGGUACGGCUUUCGUGAUAGGUUUUGGUAACAUAGGCGGAAUCGUUUCGAGCUUCAUUUUUCCUAACAAUGAAGCUCCAGAUUACACUAAGGGUUUGUCUAUCUGCCUUGGAUUCAAUGCCUUUUCCAUAAUAUGUAUGCUUGCCUACUUGGUCAACCUCAUGAUCUACACGCGCAGAAAGAAGAAGGAUGACUACAAGGCAAAAUGGAAUAGCCUCUCAGAUAGAGAAAAGGUCAUGAAAGGUGACCAUAACCCUGAUUACAGAUACCAAUACUAA